UCUCUCAUGAACAAUGACCGGAGAAGAAGACCCUAAAGCAACUCCGUCAUUACCGGACUAUAAGCCUUUACCUUCCUCAACUCACGAUCAAAACGACGCCGUUCUGAUUUCAUCACAUUCUUCUUUCACCUCCCGACGCCGUUUCAUCAUCUCUAUAUUUCUCAUAUCUUUUGCCUCUAUCCUCAUCUACAUCUUCUGGCCGUCCGAUCCACGAAUCAAGAUCGAACGGGUCAAGAUUUCCCACGUGCACGUUCACCGCCGUCCGGUUCCGUCUAUAGACAUGACGUUGCUCGUUAAGCUUAAGGUAUCAAAUGCUGACGUGUACUCUUUUGACUUCACGGAUCUUGACGUCACGAUUGACUAUAGAGGUAAGACGUUAGGUCACGUGAGUUCUGAUGGCGGGCACGUGACGGCUUUUGGUUCUUCUUACCUUGACGCGGAGGCGGAGCUUGACGGCGUUACGGUGUUUCCUGACGUCAUUCAUUUAAUUCACGAUUUAGCUAAAGGCUCCGUUGAAUUUGACACCGUUAUGGAGACUAACGGAAAACUUGGCGUUUUGUUCUUUCGUUUCCCUUUAAAGUUUACUGCUCUCCAUCUCCUCCUCGUGAAUGCCAUGCUCAUUGCCUUGGUGUUCACGGCCAUCGCCGGAGGAAGAGGCGAUAACACAGUCGUGACCAAAUCAAAAACUGCUGCACCACCUUCUGCAACUAACGUCCCACCUUCUGCAACUAAAGACCCAAGACCUAACCAGCGUCUCUUUGUGUUUGGAACUGCGUUUGUUGUCUACCUCAUGGUUAAAGCCUACGAGAUUUCACUGCCCGAGUACUGGUUUCAGUACAAAGUCUUCCUAAACGAGGUCUCCCUAUGGAUCGGAAUCAGUUCCCUUGUUUGCAUGCUCCUUAUCACAGCAGAGUUCUUCACAGCUUGGAUUGCCGUUCACGCAGUAGUGAUUGCUAUGAUUGCUAGGGCUCUUCUCACCAAUGAUAGGGUUCUGGAGUGUGGGUACAUUAAGUUGCUCCAAGCCAACAAGAUCAUUGCUUUGAUUGCUCUUAAAGGCAAGAGCGCUUAUGCAAAACUGAAUUCAAUUACAAUAUUCUUAUAAUUGAAAUCACAUAUAUAUACAAAGGUAAAAGUUAUCAUCAAAAAUGUUAUAAACAAGAUGCAUAUUU